AUGGGCAGCUCUCUGCUUCGGCAGCUCCUUUCCAUCGUCCGGUCGCUCUUGCUCAAGAGCAAGGGAAUCAUCACGCCACCCUUCACGAAAGUUUUACGACUCCUUGGCUUGAUUUGGUCAUUUCACUAUAGAAGAUUUCAAACUGGCCGGAAGAAAUCAGGUAACGACGACCCGACCACGAGAACACCUCCUGAAUAUGAUGCCACAUUCAACGAAACCCGUAACGAAUCCAGCACGAAAUCGGCAGAUGACGACCUCGAAAUGAAAACUCUUGCAAUGACACCAGCGUCAGAACCUGGUACUAGAGAACCAACUCAGCAGAUAAUAACCCUGGAUUCCUCGAUAUCGUGUUCCCUACACCCUCACCCUUACAUUCACGACGACAAGUCUCGGUCAUCUCUCCAUCUCGCUCGACGAUCACGACAAACACAUAGUCUCGCCAUCUCCAACGCCUCCCGGUCCACUCAUCACUUCAGCGCUGCACCCAGUCUAAACCCUUCUAUAACCAGAACGCAGUCAGAUGAAGCAGAGGACGAUGGAGGGUACACGUUUACAUUGCAGUCGCCGCACUAUUCCACUUCGCCUCUGUCCAGGAACCCUCGAUCGCCCAGGCGUGGCUACAGCAUGUCGUCGCCGGACCUAGGGUCAAGUAAUGCUGGCCACCACUAUAUCAAUGUCAUAGACUUUGGUAAAAGGGAUACGAGGACCACAACGUCUCCUGCAGGGUCUAGGGCUACCGGUGAUCUACCCAGCGAAAUGGGCAGGCGCGAAUACGAUCAUCUGGACGAACACCGACAGCGUGGGCUGUUCAACCCACGCAUCUAUCCGAAUCCCCCUUCGGUCUUCUCCAGAUAUUGGACGCAUCACAUAGCGAAGAAGGUCCAGACCAAAAUGACCAUUCCCCCAAUGGAGCAGGAAUUUGCAGAUCAUGAGGACCCGCCGGGGUGGACAUCUGUAGUGCAUCACGAAGGCGUCCUUUACUUCUACAAUGCAGAAAAGCACGCGGUCACGGAAGCUAACCUAUACAACCACACCUACUACAAACAAAUCAUGGAAGAUUUGGCUGUGUUCGACGAGUUUAUUCGAGACCGCCGCAUUACCAUGCCUACGAAUUACACUUUGGCGUUGGACUUGACUGAAGACAAGGAGAAGGGCCUGGUCACUGACUACUACUUCGCUGAUCAUGACAGGAGGAUUAUCUUUUUCUUUGAUGACUGGCAUGCAGAAAAUUUUCUCAAAUGGGCAGAUGUUCCGGGGGUAACCUCUCGCAGGCAAGUCCGUUACUUGUUUGAGGAAGAGUAUUGGUAUCAUUGCAUGUUAUUCCCUUCUACCAUGACGGGAAUACGACAAGCAGCCCAUGAAAUGAGAGACUACAUUCUCCAUUAUAUUGGGGAUGUUACGUCAUCGAUGUACGCGACCAGCCCCUAUGAGCUGGACGAGCUAUACCGACUGCUUGAGGCGGAUGGAGAAUAUACUGUUGGUGUUGCCGAGUUGAUCAGCCGCAUCAUGCAGGUGUUUGUCCAGCAAAGAUUCUACCACUGGCACGGCCUCCCCCAACGACGAGUCUACCGCGAUUUGUCUGUGUAUGGCCCGAAAUCCAAACGCACAUGGUUAAUCAAGCUGCUUUCACCGCCGCUAUUCUCAGCUCCGGAUGUCCACCUGUACAACUUGGAGAAAAUGUGGGUGGACGAGAUUAUGCACAACGCCGUCUGGGUCCAGAGUAUCAAAAAAUUGAACGAUGAAUGGCAGGAGUUCAUUCUAUACGCAACUGUUUUACUCAACGCCAAUGUCGCUUUUCUUGCCAUCGAAAGUAUCGACACGGACACGGACACGCCGUACCGAAGUCCUGUGCAAGUUGGCUGCUAUCUGUCAAUCGUCGCAAGUAUUGGGUCCAUCAUCAUCGGCCUUUUACUCGUCCGGCAGCAUAGAACGAGGGCCCAUAGCACCGCUGAUGAAGUUAGUAAUUUCCUCAAGCAACGGUCUCAUCCCACCCUCGGUCUCGAAACGCUUGCCAUCCUGUACAGUUUGCCCUAUGCUUUACUCCUGUGGGGGAUGUUCUCCUUCCUGGCCGCAUUUGCCUGGAACUGCUUCGAUUUGACGAACGCGGCCACCCGAACAAUUAUGGGUAUCGCCUGGGUGCUUUUUACGGGCAUGGUCAUCUGGUGCGUCUGGAUGGGCUGGGCUGGCCACCCCCCGAGUGACACUGGACCGUAUGAGGUCGAAACCCAAGAGCUCUGUCCCAGCAAAGAGCCUUCCGUGGUGGAUGUGAUUGCUGGCGCUCUUGGAAGACGCUCACACGAGUCGAUUGAAACCAUACCGGAUGGCAAUAAUGCAAGCCCUUUGACGAUCGACGCCCAUGUGGCAGGAGGCAGAGAACAGGAAGCCGGGAAAUGGAAAUGGAGCUGGUCUCCGCUUCUGUUUUGGAACUCGAGACGCCCGUCUUAUCAUUCCGAGAAGACUGUUGUAUAA